GAGCCGCGAGUCCGCGACAAAAACUUGCAUAAACAAAAAGCUUGUGUGGCGGUCUGGCGUGGUGGGCAUGGUGUUGGAUUCGAAGAUCUCAAGUGUGCCGGUCUGCUAAAGACAGAUUCAUUUAGCCUCAAGUUUCGCCGAGUGGCGCAAAGACUUUUGCAAGCGGGAGCGGACCCAACGCGCUCCACCAACUGAAACGAAAGCAUGUCCUCCAAAAGCGAAAUGAGCACCUCGCAGUGGGUGCAGUUCUUCCGCGCCGCUGGCCUACCGCAGGACGUGUCGGUGCAGUAUGCGGUGGUGUUUGGUGACAACCGCAUCCAGUGGGGCAUGCUGAUGGACCUCACCAAGGAGUACCUCUUCGACAUGGGCAUCCACACCAUGGGCGAUGUCAUUGCCAUCCUCAAGCACGCCAAGUACGUCCACAGCAAGGAGGCGCAGGAGAAGUUGAUGCGUAGUACACCGUCAGGAGCACAAAUGGCUGUUGGCAUCCCACGCCGGUUUACACCUGUCAAGGCAUCACCGAGGGUGGAACCACUGGUCGAGGCACCACCAGUGAGAAGGACCAGCUUUCAGAGCAACUAUGCGGCACCUGAGCCAGAGCCACGUGCCACGGUGCGGCCGCUGUCCAAGCGACGUCAUGCCGAUGAACCCGCUGCCUCGACCCCCUUGCCCCCCAAGCGGCUGGGCAUUGGCUCGUCGGCCUCUGAGCGGGUGGCACCACAGCCGGUGGCCCACGGCGAAGGCCCCACACUCAAGGUGGUCCUGCCCACAGGCACCACUGCCCGCACCCGACAGCUCCUGGCUGCCAGCCAACAAGGUUUGUCAGCUGGGACGCAAGCAGCUGGCAAGCGGUCUGUAUUCGACCGGCUUGGUGAAAGCACAGUAAGCAGCACGACCGACUCUAAGUCGGGAAGCAGCACCGUCUUCCAGCGCCUGGGGCCAAGUGCUGCUGAGGAGCCUGAAAGGGAUCCACCGAGGACUGUGUUGACCACAAAGCGGCAGCUGCCCGCACCCUACCAAGCCGUCUUGGCAGCUGCAGCCAAGCCGAGCCGAAUCAUCUCGCUCACUAGCUCUGCCAAGACAGCCAGGCCGAUGAUGCGGAGGCAAGUCCUGCCACCAACAGCAUCGCCCCGAGCUUCUGUCGUAAUUGGCGAUUCUAGGGCCGGUGGUGGAGGAGGAACAGUGAUGCUGCGACGCUCAAUCACCGAGGCCACCUCUGGAAGGCUUGGAGGCUCACAGGGCCGUUUCAGCACCCUUGCAGGUGCCACUUCACAAAAGGUGGCCACGGCGCGCGAUCGGCUGGGGCCCAAGUUUGCAACGACCGCCGGUGUCGUUCGGACGACAGUGCGCACAACAGUGUCCACUACUCGAAAGGGCAGCACUGUCGUGCCAACAUCGAAGCGCGUCACUUUGGUCGCCCCUCGCGUGGGCUUCAGCGGUAGCACAGCCGCUCCACAGAGCGUCUUUGCUCGUCUCGGCGCAAAUCGUUAGCAGUGUGGUGUCUUACUAACGUCAUCGCAUUUCAUCAUCAACACUACUUCAUCUUGCUCCCUCUCACUCUCUUUCUCGCCCGUUGGGCAGUUUUCUGAAUACCUGCGACGAUUUCUGGCCAAUUUUGCAUCAAUAUGUCAUACAGUUAUAAUAAUUGGGUUGACUGAACAGAAGUCAUGUGGUGGGUAUUUUGCGUUGUUGGUCUGCAAGGGCUGACUUCUGGCCAUGUUGGUACGGCAUAUCUUAAGUGUUGAGGGCAGAUUUAUCAAGACGGGACAAGACGAAGGGGACUGCGUGUGUCCCCUUCGUCUUGUCCCGUAUUGAUAAAUCUGCGCUCAACGCUUCAGAUUUGCUGCUUUGCAUUAGAUAAGCUCUGCAGUGAUUUGAACAUGUUGGUACAGCAUGUUGAAAGGUGCUACAGUGCUGCAGCAAUGAAGGAGUGGGAAUAGGCUCUAGAACUUCCUGGUUGAAGCAUGGGUCACCUUUCAGUUGAACAAGAGGUUCUGAUUUGUAACGUUGCGUAAAAAAUGCUUCUUCCUAUUUUUUUCGCCUAUCAACAUGUUUAAACAGUUAUUUAUUCAGGAAACUGAUACAAUUGGGCCGGUUUGUAUUAAUGAACAUAGCAACUGUCACUGGGCAUAAGCAAGUGCACACAGGCUUUUCAAGUCAAUUUAUGUACUGUAUGGAUAGGAAUUUGGGGUAUUUCAGAUCUUUCAAGAACAGUUUUUUAUGUAAUCACUAGCAGGGAGCUUGGCUCCUUGCAGGUGAUAUAUGAAACAUCAGGACACCAUCCAAAGGUGUCUGACACGGAGGGAUGUCAAUGCCAAUGGGUGCAGGUAAGGAAACACUGCGUUCAAAGUAACAUGAAUAUUAUUUUCCUUCUUGCUAUAUGAUAUUUUGUGAACCCUCCUUAAAAGCUGAAGCCUAUCACUACUCCCCAUAAUAUUUUUUCUUCUUCUUGUGUGGCCAGAAAAACCAAUGCUAGGUAACGCACAACCUUUUCAGGUUCUAGUAGUGCAUCUUUGCCCGGCCAUCACUACCAGAUGCCCGCAUUUCAGUAGCUCUCGUAUUAAGAACCUGAGUUUCCUUACAGUCUGUGCAUAAACAUUGUGGAGACCAAAAGCUAUAUUUUACAUUGCACACAAAACUAGUACCUCCAUAAGCACUUGCCAAGCUGCGUGGCUGGCCUGUGGUCUGUGUAGUAUUUUCUUCUCUUUUUUCAACACCUGAUUUUGAUGUCUCAUGGCCUAUCCGCAUUUUUAGCAGUGCCCUGUUAACCUGUAGUAACAUGGCUGGCAUUUCUGCAAAUGUAAACGUGCCAGUAUGAUGUUAUCAUGGUUUUAAAGCAUUUCUUCGUAUCGGAAUGUAGGCGCAAAGUAAAAGGGAGGGCUAGUGCAUGCAUUGGCAGCUGAUCACAGGGACACCAUCCAGCACUCUUGCGAAGACAGUGGAUGACACCCAAUUUUAAUGGAUUUGUAAAGCUUUGCGAGGGUGUACGUCGCCCAUGACCUUGUCGUUAGCUGCCAAUUGCCGGUGCUAGCAUAAUUGGUCAGCAAAUACACCAUGUUCCCAUGGCAGGUUGUAAAUCACUUUGCAUGUCAGGCAGGUUUAUGUGAAGUGUGAAUACGAGGAAGCAAGGUGGCUGUGCAUCUGCGGAAUCCAUCGGUCAAUCACUUGCCCGACCUACAGUUCAUGGCUCGCACCAUGUGAGGUCAUUCGAAAGUCUGUAGAAACUGAAAAUGCAGUCGCAGCAUGUAUGUUUCGUUGCCAAUAUUUAAUUGCUACAGCUUGGCAAAUUGAACACAAGUGCUGAGUCAGCUCCAGAUCUGUCUGCACUGUACUGGUCUGCCUUGACCUUUGCGAUAGAAAUGUGACGCACGUGACGAGAGAGAGCUACCAAAACCGGCUGGUCGAAUGACAUCUGUCACGGAUGUUUAGAGUCAUGAGGGCUAGGGAAAAGAAGAAACAGUGGUGCUUCUGACUUUUGCAACACCACUUUUUCUUUGACAUGUUUUUAUCACAUCAUAAGCAAGUUCACUUGAAUUACUGUUGAAACAUUUUUUUCACGCGCACUACUGUGAUCCCGCUUGUUUUCGAGCUAAAGCCAUGCACUAAUCGCAAAUGUGCCUGGUAGAGUCCACAUAUUUGUGUUUAUUUGCACUCUCAAACCUUUCUUGUGAUGUCUAUGCAGAAACUAUGGAAAGCAUGAGAUUUACAGCAGUGCGUGCAAAAAUGGUUUGACAUGUGUUUUCUGUUUGGUUACAUUAAAAAUGCCAUCAACAACAUGGACAAUGUUAAUGGUAUGCAUUUCAUGUGUUGCUUAGCAUUGCAGCAUUCUAUCCUGCAGCAUGAAUUCAUAAUGUUCACAAGAGCAUCAUCUUUCAUUCAACAAUGUUGCAUAAAGCUCUGUAAAUGAGGCACUUGCAUAGCUUGCAAUUAAAUGAUUGACAAUGAAGCCUUUGCACUUCUUGCAAUGUUUUUUUUUUUUCUUCAUCAACUGCUAGCAUCCAUCUAACUGGAUCUGACUUGCGUACGAAGAUGUUCGACCUAUGCUUUCAGUGCUCAUCGACACGUGGUUGCGUGUAAUCACGGUGCCGCCAUUUACUUCCCUUUGAUAAUAUUGAUUCAAAUCACAUCAGAGCAGGUUGGCGGCAGUGAGGAACUCGCAAAACUAUGUUGCCAAAGCAGUAAUGUUAGUUAGCUGUCCUUGGCUAAAUGUUUGUGCUGAGGCAAAUGUGUUCACUGUACUUGAGUUCCUCAUCCAUCCUUACAUUGAUUUCUUUACGGUGUUUGACCUUCAAACUCGACACUACCAUUACGCACACUACUCCAGAGCAGUGUUUAGUCAGUUUCGGUGAUUACCUUUGCACGAGUUUACUUGACUGCACCGUCUGCUUCUGUGUAUACUUGCAUAUGCCAGCAUAUGUUUAUACGUAGACUAACGUACACCAUGUGCUCCUAAGUAAUGUAACGACAGCACCUCUGGCACCAUACCAAGAUAAAGAGCUUCCCGCAAUGCCGGAAACACUGUCACUAGAAUAUGCAUUGCCGAGGCAUGCAAAAUCCCAUGAAAGUGACUGUAUCCCAGAAAUUAUUGCCCGAAGACACUACCCCAGCACAAGCACUUGUCUGAUAGGCUCUAAGGCUACAAAAAAAAUUAUAAAGAACAACAUGGCUGCGAAGUAACAACACAGCAUGAGUUGGCAUUAUCCACCUUACAAACAGCAUAUGUUGAUAUCCACGAGAGGCUGCCAGCCUUGGCUCGAAUCCCGAGCUUCAAUCUGUGGAUCCCACUCGGCGCUUGCACUCGUCAUAGUACAUGUUAAUGUAUGCGUUUGCUUGCUGGCUGCAACUUUGUUACUGUGUGUGCAUGCAUUACUGUGCACGUGCAGUAACACAGCAACAUGCAUUUCACAAGGCAGUUCUUCAUUGUGGCAACAACCUAAAGAUAGGGCACUAAGUGGGAUCCAUCUAGAACACACACUUGACUUAUGCUCCUGAUUUUCUGUGCUGCUGGGGAAGGAAAAAAGUUCAUUGCUAGACCACAAAGGUGCUUCCAAACCAUAGCAUGUUAAAUUGCAAUGUUGCAGCAUGCGCAUCAGGCACUACAAAAAUAUUGCCAAAUAUUUCAUGAGGCCGCAAGCUGAAACGGUUUGAUAUCUCCCCACACCUGUCUGGUGCUUGCAGUGUGGGUUUUAUGUCAUAUUAUUCUUUGCCAGGCACAAUGAUGGAUUUCGUUUACACUUUUUUGUAGUUCUUUUUCAGUUACAAACGUUUGCAGCCCUGGAAGAGGCUCGAAGUUUUCAGUUGUCGACCAAAAAGUGUUGCUAGAGCCAGUCAUAUGUUGGCCCAGUGAUACUUGGUGUCAUAGGAGCCACUCUCUCAGUCUUUCUUUUAUUUGUCAUGAAAGUACCAUUGUCACACAUGCUUGUAUCAGAAGCAACAUCAAUACUCAAAGACUAUGUCAUGCACAUGGUUUGGGCAGUGCACGAGUAUAUGCACCUUUGAGGGUGUGGUGUGUGCUGUAUUGUGUAGUUCUAACUGAGCUGGACUGAAGUUCGAGCCGAAAGUGAAUGCUUUGCCAUGAAGUACAACAUUCUCAUGAAGGAAGUGCUGGUCGUGGCUAGAAAUGUUUGUGAAACAUCUUGAUAUGCUUACUUUCUUCGAAAAGAGCUUGCUGUAACAUUUCAGCUGUUGAAAGUAAGCAGCCCUUUUUCUUCCUUUUUUGAAUUUCACGUCAAACUGCUUCGGCACGAGACAGUGCGACGUUCACUGAGCUAGCCUCAGUACAGCGUUUUCCAUUUGUUGGCAUGCGGUUGUACUCGAGUGCUAGAAGUGUAAUGAAGUUUGAGUUUCAUGUUCAUUGCUCAUUUGCUAUUUACAGUAAUUAUUUUCUGCAUUCUUUCAUGCCACCAUGUUUUAUUAUACAUUAGCUAGGCCAUAUUGUAAACACAUUGCCCUGAUGUUAGCAAGAGCCAGCCAGAUGCCACGAAAUGCAGAGGUGUUGCACACUAUAUUAGUCCAUAUGCACUUAAGACUUGUGCAUGUAGAAAUGCUCAAAAUAGAAGUACUACAUAGAAGUGCAGCAGAAUUGUCGUUGAACAAAACUUGUGCGUUCCGCUUAACAGGAGUCUUGUUUACUGAGAAAGUCUAAUGCUGAAGCAGUCAAAUAAAAAAAAACUUGCAAAAUUAGAGGCAGCUGCUUUGUUUAGGCAGUGUUUUUUUGUUUAUAUGAUUUCCAUUUACUGAUAUUCUACUUUAUUUGAAAAAUGGCUGCAGACAGUGUGGAGGAAAACAAAAUUGGGUGGGCAGUGCUUAAGAUUGGAGACUUUUCUUUUAGAAAGCACACACACCUAAAAAAAAGGGGUUUGGCUAGGCUAGGCUAGUUGGUGAGACGUUCGUAGGAACAUGAGCACUGGAAAGGUACGCAAAAAUAAAUAGUGGAAAUAGGCAAACCGCACAUUUCCUAUCCGCGUCUUCUGUUCCUUUUGUAUCAUUUCAGUGUUCAUGUUCAUGCAUACAGCACGAGCCUGUUUAAUAAAAAAAGCAGCACUUUCAGCAUGCAAGGCGUAUGGAGCAGACAACAAAGCUUCCUCAAUUAACUGAAGUAAGAGUCAGUGUUCUCAAUCAAUCAGUUUCACUAACGUAAUCACUUUCGGGAGAUUUCGCGGGAUUCAACACCGGGAUUGCUGAUGUGUGCAACCAACGGUUUUCCUGGCACCAUGCCACAUGACCUGUCAACUGUUGACACAUGUGGUAUCGAAUGAAGCGAAAUCUCGUGAAAGUGCGUGUACAUAUACAUUGAAACCUAAUUAUGACAAAGUCUUACCUGGCACAAAAAUAACUUCGUUAUAUCCACUAAUUCGUUAUAAAUGUAUAUUCGUGAUACUAUAUUUGACAAGUCUAAUCUUAAUUUACUUCGUUAUAGCCGAUAAUUUGCUAUAUCCGAGUUUGUUAUAUCUAGGUUUGAGCAUAUCUGCAAGUGAUCGGUGAAGAAUACUACCCCAGAUUAGUAUAGGAUAUAUCUAUCAGUUAUUCCAUGUUAUUCCAUGCAAGUUGUAUUGCCUUGCCUUUGUAACAUGCAGCGAUUUUUUUUUACCAGGUGUAAAUGCCAUAAGAAGUUCUUUCCAAUGUCCUUGCCAUUUUUUCUUCACUUGUCUGUAUUUUCUCCAGUAUCUCGAGGAUGACCUCCAAACCCUGCAUGCUUUUUUAAUGCAAAGUAAGCGUACUUGUUUGCUGUUAUCUGCACACACCUGCUAAAAUCUGUAUAGUGGAAUUUUCAAACUGUGAACCUAAAGAUGCCUACUUUCUUUUUCUUGUGGAAAGUAUUGUAGCAGUACAAUAAUUACUUUUAGAUGUGGUACACUUGAGCAUAGUGUGGCUGCCCAGACUGGCCUACAAAGUGCAUUGAUUGUUUGUUUGUUCAUGAAUUUCAGUAUUCACUGCACACUUCUACAUAUUGAGAGUGGCCUUUCUAUGUGUGUGUUGUGUGUGUGAAUGAGUCAAGGUUGACUGAGAAACUGUCAUUAAAGUUAUAUGCUUGCGUUCA